AUGCUCAACAGGAUCCUCUUCGUUUGCCUGUUUCUGGGUCUGUGCAGUGCAGGCUCCUCACUGAGCUGCAGAUGGAUGGAUCAUAAAUUCAGACAGUACAGUGAAAACUCUUUGGAUCUACUGAAUACCAUGGCCAAUAAUUCCACUAACACCACUGAGGAUGCUGAAGUGGAGGACACUGUGGCCUUCCCUAAUAAUCUGUACAGCCAGGCAUCCGAAGCAUCAGCUAAGGACAAACUUGGUUUCACAGUGCAGGUUCUGGAGGAGAUGGUCACUCUGUUUGAGCAGGAUCACAGCUCUGCAUCAUGGGAGGAGAGCACACUGGACAACUUUCUCAAUAUUGUAACCCAGCAGGCUGACGGCCUUCGCUCCUGUAUCGGGAGCCACAGCCACAAGAAGAACAAGAAGCUGCACAUGUAUUUCAAGAGACUCUCACAGCAUGUCCUUGAACAGAAGAGCCGCAGUGCUGAGGCCUGGGAGCUGAUCAGGAAGGAAAUCAAAAGCCAUCUAAUAAGAGCAGACCAGCUGGUUUCAUCUCUUCUCACCACCAACUAAAAUCUGUCUGUCAGAUUAAGAGCGUGCUCAUUUAUUUACUUGUCUAUCUAUUGAUUGAGCUAUUUAUCUAUUUAUUACUUAAUUAUCUUUGUGUUUUUUACUCAUAUUUAUUGAUAUGUUGAUUGAUUGAUUG